AUGUAUUUUAUUCUUUACCAUCUUUUUUUUGAACACUCGAAGACAACACUAGUGUGGACUUCUUCGUGGAAGCAAAGUGUGGUGUGGUGGGAAAGCGGAGAGGAACUCUCAAGCCAUCACUACAUUUUUUCCACGGACCUCUUUGACAAAUUCCUGGGAUGUAACGACAAACUACACGACGCUUCAUUUCUCAAAAUGACUGAAGAACAGCUGUGA